AUUUCCAUAAGUGCUUUUGUUUUUUUGUACAUUUAUUUCAAAACAGUACAUGCAUUACUGUCAAAAUUUCAGUGCAUCAUCCAGCCAUGUUCGAAUCAUUUUCGUACACUAAUUUGUAUAAAUAAACAUCAGUAAAGGUAAUAUCACUCAUCACUUUCAAUUCAAGGAAACUAUUUUGUGGAGGGCCAAUUGAUUGUGUCAUCAUCUUAUAUCAUAACCUCAAAGUUAGCAUUCCCUCUAAACCAGGAAGGCUUAGCCCAUUUUUCUAGUCAGUCUCAUGAUUCGUCAACAAUUAAAAGAAUUCAAAAACGUCAAGAAAGUUAACAAGCGAGUUAAAGAUUUCUUGAGGAAUGGCUUCAAAUUAUUUCUGGAACCCCCGAUGCCAUCCAGGAGUCAAAGAAACAGUGUCUUCAAAGUAUGGGCUCAUCAUUGUGAAUGUGUAGUCGCUCAUAGGUUGAGAAGAUGUCACCAAAUGUUCAGUUUAUAUUCGAAAUGGUGGGAGGAGACAGCAUUAAAAGAUUUCAUCAAGAAAUUGAAACAAAGUCUCACAAAAAAAGGAAAAGAAUUUGCCCUUGGCGCAGUCGGCAUUUCUGUAAUCAAUUGGGAUGAACAGAGAAUACCCGAACAAGAAAUUAAAGAGCAUGUGAAGGAAUUUGAUUACAUCAUGAAACUGAAGGAAAAUACGAUAUGUUUAGCUUGCGACCCUACGCAAAGAUCCGAGAUAAAUACAAAUAUUUGCAAAUGCGGCACCAGUGGUAAACUUUCAACGAAGACAUAUGAUGACUGGGUUCCUUUUGUCGAAAAACAAGAUCUAAUUAUUUGGAGGAGGCUUCAUCCUUCAGGCCAUUUUGAGUACAAAGUAUUCGGUUCGUACAAUGAUGUAUCUGCAGAAGACUUUUUGAACGUACAAAUUGAUACUGACUAUCGCCGAAAAUGGGAUAAUACCGCCGUUGCUUUAGAAGUGGCAGAAACAGACCCUACUCCUAGUUCUAAUAGUGAUAUAAUCUAUUGGGAAAUGCUAUGGCCAAGACUAUUUGUGAAUAGAGAUUAUGUCUUCAAAAGAAGAUACCUAGUGGAUGAAGAAUCCAAAACCCUCUUCAUAAUGAGCAAAAGCACAGAGCACCCGAAUUUUCCAAAAAGACCGGAUAAAUACAGAAUAGAGGACUACUGGUCAUGCAUGGUCAUAAAACCUUACGAGGACAUGAAAAAACCUGGUUUGGAGUUCAGUUUGACGUACUUUGAUAAUCCCGGCGUCAAUGUACCCACAUCAGUAACCACUUGGGUAGCAACAAGAGCAAUGCCUGAUUUUCUUGAUCGGUUACGAGACGCAACGAAACAUUAUAAAGAUUACUGUUUGACAGAGGGUCUUUCUAAGGACUGCCUUGCAAAGGUUGAAGAAGAAAGGGCCGCAGAAGAGCAGAGGCAGCGAGACAGGUUGGAUUAUUGCGAGUUUCUCAGACCUACAAAUGGCUUGAACCAGACACCUGGAGUUGAGCGGCGUCGAAAAACACGUUCUGAUGACUUUACACAAAAUGAGGACAAUAGUCAGUCUGAAGUUAAUUCUGCCAAGUCGAAUCAAUCAGAAGAUGGUAAUUUUUGGAAGUAUUUGCAUCCACUGUAUUAUUUUCAGUGACAAUUUUUAAAAUAUCGUAGUCAUUAUAAGACUGUACUAGAAGUAUAUAGUUGGACCUAACGAUUUUAUACAAUGUUAUGAAUUAAAUUUCAAUUAUUACAAACUAAA